GCCGUGUGGUUUGCUGCAGCUAACUUGCCCCCUUGGUUUCUCGGUUCGCUGCAAAAGGACACAAUGCCUCUCCACAGUGAGGACCUUUCGGUGUGCACGGUGUCUCUGAUCUGAAAACAGAUGCCGGAGCUUCGCUGGAGGACACAGAUGUCGAGCAAACCGUGGAAAUCGUGUCCGAGAUAAUAGCAGAAGUCCCCCGCUGGACCAUGGGACUGACAGAGCUGCUGCUGCUGCUGCUCGGACUGCUGUGGUUCCGCUCCGCUCUGCUCUGUGCAGCAGGCUGCAGUGAGCGAGUGGAGGUCCACACAGAGCGGAGGGGUGUGAUCUAUAGUCCCUCCUGGCCUUUAAACUACCCCCCUGGAGUCAACUGCAGCUGGCAUAUCCAGGGAGGUCAGGGAGAGGUCAUUACCAUCAGUUUCCGUAACUUCGACCUGGCGGAGUCGGGAAGCUGUUUGGGAGAUUGGCUUUUGCUGACUCCAACGUGGAAUGGGGAAUCCAGGCUGUGUGGCUCCAUCUUGCCUCCGCCCUUUAUCUCCACCAGAGGGCGUGUUUGGCUCUACUUCCACUCUCAGGCCAACAGCUCCGGGCAAGCCCAGGGCUUCCGGCUCUCCUACAUCAGAGGCCACCUGGGUCAGAGCAGCUGUCAGUCGGAUGAAUUCCUGUGUGGAAAUGGGAAGUGUCUUCCUCGCUCCUGGAAGUGUAACGGUCAGGAUGAAUGCGGCGAUGCUACAGACGAACGGAGCUGCUUCCCUCCUCCCACUGAGGCCCAGCCUGGCCUCUGCCCCUUUGGUUCCCUCCCUUGCACUGAGGCCCAGUCCACCCGGUGCCUGCCUGCCACCCUGCGCUGCAACGGCGCCCGUGACUGUCCAGAUGGCACAGACGAGCUAGGAUGCCCCGACACAACCUGCGGCAAACGUCUGGGGAACUUCUACGGCUCCUUUGCUUCCCCAGAUUUUUUCCGGGCUAACAGGAGCUCUGCAGCAGAGCUGAGAUGUUCCUGGUUGCUGGACACCCAGGACCCCAAGCCCAUUGUGCUGCAGCUGGACCUGCGGCUGGGACCCGGAGACUCGCUGCAUGUCUAUGACGGCCUGCUGCAGCGAGCAGAGCACCUCCUGCAGGUGUUGUCUUAUCAUAACAACAGGCGCCCGGCACUACUGGAGUCAAGUCGGGGACAGAUGAGUGUCUUGUACAUGGCUCAGCCUCACAGCCCUGGACAUGGCUUCAACGCCACAUACCAGGUCAAAGGUUACUGUUUUCCCGGCGAGCGCCCAUGCGGCAGCGAUCAGGGCUGUUACUCCGAACGCCAACGCUGCGACGGCUACUGGCACUGCCCAUCAGGCCGCGACGAGGAGGCCUGCCCGACCUGCCCAGAUGGGGAGUUCCCCUGUGAAGGCGGUACUGGAGUGUGCUACCCAGCCUCUGAACGCUGCAACAACCAGAAGAGGUGUCCGGAUGGGUCUGACGAGAAGAACUGCUAUGACUGCCAACCUGGAAACUUCCACUGUGGGACUAACCUGUGCAUCUUUGAGACGUGGCGGUGUGACGGCCAGGAGGACUGCUUAGACGGGAGCGAUGAGAGGGAUUGCCUUGCGGCGGUGCCCAGGAAAGUGAUCACAGCCGCCCUGAUUGGCAGUCUGGUCUGCAGUCUCUUGCUUGUCAUUGCCCUCGGCUGUGCCCUCAAACUCCAUUCCCUCAGAAGCAGAGAGUACAGAGCUUUUGAGACUCAGAUGACUCGCAUGGAGGCUGAGUUUGUUCAGAGAGAGGCUCCCCCUUCGUACGGUCAGUUAAUCGCCCAGGGUCUCAUCCCUCCGGUGGAGGAUUUCCCAGUGUACAACCCCACGCAGGCCUCCGUGUUACAGAACCUGCGGUUGGCAAUGCGCAGACAGAUAAGACGUCACUCGACACGACGCACCAACUCCUCCUCCUCUCGUCGGCGUCUCGGGCAUCUGUGGAGUCGCCUCCUCCACGUUGGAGGGCGAAGCAGAGGCCACGCACCCCUGCUCGACCCGCCUGGGCCCACGCAGAUCACACUGGGGCUCCAUAGCUACCAAACUGUUGGUGUGCAAGGGCCCCAGGCAAGGGUCAGGUCUGGAGCUGGGUUUGGGCAUGAAGUUGAUGUAGUGGGUAGGUCGGACUCCUGCUGCUCGGCCACCAUGGACCUGCAGCCUUGCACGCCUGAGAGCCCGGCAUCACCUCUCUCCUUGCAGUCAGUUGACAGUGCAGAGGAAGACGAGCUGUCGCCUGUCAGCAGGGAAAGCAGCAGGGCUCCACAGUCUGAGCCUCCCACUCCUCUUCAGGAUGACUCUUCAGCUCAUAGUGGCCCCCCUCUAACACCCCAGGAAGCUUCUGUAGCCCCGUGCCACUCACGGGCAUCUAGGAAACUCGUUUUGGAGCUCGCUGUUAACCUAAAGGGUGUUUCCUUAAGACGUUACUCCCCACUGGGCCCCUUGUCCCCUAUCUCACCCCCUGUGUUCCCCGACAACUCCCAGACAUCUACAACCCGCCCUCACUCACAGGGGCUGGUGGUGACUCCACCUUCUGAGCCCUCAUCUUCUUCUGAGAAAGCAGAGGACAGCGAUAGCCACUUUUCUGUGGAAGUGCCAAACAGGGAAGAGAGGAGGAAGGAGGGCAAGAGCAGACUCUGCAGGAUCAGCGGGACCUUCAGCGAUGAGGGAGGAGAUUCAGGGAGGGAGACAACGCCAUGCUGAAAGAGUAGAAAGAUACUGUCCUUCUCCUCGCUCUGUUGAGACCUCGUGUCUGCAAUAUGUGCUCUGCUAAAGUGUCCUUGAAAUGUGUCCCUACCAGACCCAGAGGUGAGACCCAUACCUUAGCCAACCACAGUGAGGAGGCACAGUAAGAAAUACUCAGCUCAUGUCCAUUCAACACUAUGAAUGCAUAAAAAUAUGCACAUGCAGUCUUUUCCCUAAGAUUAGUAAACCAUCGUUGGUAGUGCUUAUGGUCCAUGUUGUACAGUGAGUCAAUUCAAACGGGAGCUUAAUGUUGACUCCUUCGAUUAAAUGCAAAUAGACAGCCCUGUUUAAUCUGUUUGGACGUAAACUCAUCAUGAGUCUGCUUCAGAAAAUCAAACUGAAUUCUGCCCCCCCCACCCGUCCUAGUAACAAUAUUGGCAACAUGUUCUUACAACGCCAAAGCAGCCUUUGCGUCGUUACCAAGAGCCAUUAUGCACCGCUAUAUACUGUGAACCAUUGAAGCCUAUGAAGUGAACACAUCUGAAUUGAUCUAAUUAAUGGCCCUCUACUCUGUCUUAUUCACACUUUAUUGUACGAGGCGGUGUCACUAUUGUAUGACACUUCUAGAAGGUCAUGGUUGGCUGCCGCAGUAAAGGAUAAAGAUGGCGAUAUUUUAUAUAUUUAUGUUAUUGUCAGUAAAUUAUAUGAGAAGCCCAAAACCAAACUGUUUGUCUCUCAAUACUUUGCAGCUUCACCAGUCUGUGUGGAUGUACUGGUUAAAUCAUUUCCUAAGAGUACUUUAGUUCUUUAGAAGAUUUAUUUGCAGCAGCGAGACAGUGGAUGUUGGAUUGAGUCAAAAUAAACUAUAGUGUCUAUGUUCAUGGUAAUGACAUAACAUGUCACUCAGUGUAACGUGGCUCACUGAUGUGUUUUUAAUAGCUAUUGUACAAGAUUAGAGCUCCAUACACAGCGAAUAAAACGUUUAACAUUUUGCGAAAUAUGCUUAUUGCCUUUCUGAUUGGAAGUUAUUUAAAGAGAAGAAUUUAGUUCAUUUAACUCUGUAGUGAAUUCCCUUAAACUGUCCGACACUUGUGCGGUGUCACUGAAUCAUGCAGAGCUUUUUCAUUUUGAUUUCAAAGUUUCAUCAAGUAGAUUUUUAAGUUCAGCAUUUUAAACUUGAUACAUCAUCAGUUUUAAAAAAGCCAAACCUGGACGGAAACUGAGGCAGUGAGUCCAAGUAUAUUGCCUGUAACUCUGCUCCGCCCCUCGUCCUCCUCAAAUCAAACCCAAUCCCUCCUCUCAAGGAAGCCUUUCCUCACUUGAACGAACUUGACUGUCUGUGUCAGCGUCUUAUUUCCAUUCAGCGCGGCAGGAUUUUGUGAGAAUGUCCAGAAAAUGUGAAGAAUCCUCACAUGAAGAGAGCCUUCACCUCAGAAUGUUGAUUGUUUGUCGAGUCCUCUUCAUCACGGCGGUAUUUCUGCAGUGCUGCUGACUGCAGACUGGUCACUGCAGUCGUCUGACCUGCUGGUUUAUUCCAUUGUAAAUUCAUACUGUAUCUAUGCUGUGGAAUUUUCUACAACAGGACGAUAAAACAAAGACCUCUAUUUUUCAAUCUUCAGUGGAGACCUGUACUAGUUCUACUUUAUAUUUCUCUCUCUGCCUUGACAAAUAUUGACCUUGAUUGAACCUGGUCGCCUGUGUCUCUAAAGUUUUUUGUAAAGAUUGUCUCUCUUAAGGUAUGACACUGGUGACUCUUUACUAAUCACUGUUGGACUUGGACUAAAGAAUGUAUCACUUCCAUUCUGCCUCUUUUACUGCAGGAUAUUGAUACUGAACAGAAAAGCCAGAUUACCGGUGUAGGUAGGGACAGUAUGAGAAAUGACCAGAGGCCAAAUGCUGGUAGAUUUUUUUUUUUUUUUAGCUGCAGUCUCAAGUUUCUGUACUAAAUACAUGAUCUUUCCUGUGUAAGUGAGCUGAUUGUGCCAUGCUACCCCCAUGUGCUUCCUUCUUAUAGAAGUUUUGUCAUUAACAGCUGCUACAUGUUAUGUGCCAUUAGAGGUGUCUCCAUAAUUUGCUGCCUAAUGAUUUGUUCUGAUUCUUUCUUUGAUAGACAGAGAAAUACAAAUCAGUUCACUCGGUCCUAGUUUUGCAUAUUUUGUGCUCAUUUUUUCUUUGUACCUUGUUAUUUAAGGUCAAAGCCUGUUCUCAUUUGACAAAUAGUUCAGCUGCUGUUUGAAACAGAAAACUCAUAUCCACAUAACUUGUGUCUUUACUUGUUUUGUAAUGUACAUAAGUGUGUUAAAAUGCCUUACUUUUUUUUGUUUUGUUUUGUUUUUCUCUUGUAAAUAUCAUGGGCAGUUUCAAGGACCACAGUUUUGGUUUACAUGUUUGAAGAGAUUAGAUUUCUGUGUUUGUCUAGACACAGCUUUAUCAUGUGACAUGUGAUUAGUACAACUGACUGCUCUGGAGUUGUUCUGGAGAGUGCAUUACUGUGUCAGGAAUCUCUGGGAUUAUCACGGCAGGGGAGUUGUUUUUGGAUAACCUUAUUCCUGUGUAUUUACCUGUUUGUUUGACAGUUGAUCUGCAAAAGUUUCAGUUUUUUGUAUGUAAAGAGGAGAUUGUGCCAUAUUGACCACAAUCAUGGCCCAGGUGAUGUGUUAUCUGUCAGCCAGGAUCAAGGUUUUCUAUUCUGUUUCCUGGCUUUUACUGGUUUGUUGAAGUUAGAGUAGUAGUAAGAUGUCAAUCUUUGUUUUGUUGCAUUGCAUUUAUUCACUGUAAUGUACACCAAUCAAAUCCUUUCCAGCCUGCUACAGACACUGAGUAAUUACCAUAGCACACAGGUAAAUACACUGGAUCAAGGCCAUUGAAAAGUAAAAUACUACUGAACCAGGUUGUCUGAUAACGGUCCACUCUCCUUGCUGUUUGAUUUUGAAGCUUCUUUCCCGUAAAAAGACUGAAGUCAUCAUAUACUGUGUUUGUAUUAAAGCAUUUCUCUCAUUUUGAGAACUAUAUUUGUAUAUUUUGUGCUGAAAGAGAAAUGCCACCAUGACAUUGUGGGGUUUGCUGAUCAAAUACCCUGUAUAGAUUUCUGUUUAUCAGUCAUUGUUUUCCCGUGCCUGCAAUUAAUAAACUUCAAGUUCUUUAUCAUUUAAUAUUUCCAGUGUAUUAAAUGUGUGAGAUUCUUUUGCAUCAAAAAUAUACUAUUGCCAGUAUACAGAUACAACAUUUAGACAGCACUGAUUUUGUAGUCACAAUCUACUUUUAAUCUGAGUACAUCCAUGCUAGCAACUCUGAGUCUCUCUUUACAGGCACAGCAGUGCUUAUUAUGUCAGCAUGCUAACAUGUUGACCAUGUGUUUGUUUUUUGACCCGAUGACAGCACCAUGAAAAGUCAGGACACGACAUUCACUAACAUUAUCCAAAAACUAAUUAAGCUUCUUAGAAGUUGCUAUAUUUAAUAAGCAAUUACAUUGUUAUUCUUGUACAACUUGACACUCUUUUACAAAACACAGAGGUACACCCAUCAAUUGUACAGUAUGUAAAUGUAUCACAACAUGUCUGAGGAAUGUGAUCUUUGAAGGAGUCCCUGGCACAUUUGUAACAGGGUUGUUUUCUUUACAUAGUAUUUACAGAUCUCAAGUGAGCUAACAGAACCUGGACAUGGCAGACAGAUGUACACGUUGUCUUACAGUAAGUGUGAGUCUCUUUUUGUGGAUUUGAGGGAUCUACCAGCAUCUACUGGUGUGGAAAAGGUGCAAAUGCUCAAACCAUCUUUCAACCUGCUGGUUUUUAAUCAUGUUAAAAAAAGGCCACUGGCCUAGACCUUCUAUGUUCUGUUAUAUGUACGACAUAAACAGAUAACAGAAAAGUGCUGAAAGAGAUUAAUCAAAUGCACAUAAACAAAUAUCUCCUAGAUCGCAGUAAAUUGGCUGACUGCGUUAAGGUAGUGGUACCAAAACUUCAGUAAGGGAAUUUGACCACAAUAAUUUAGAACAACUUGAUAUUUCAAUUGGUUCAUAAUCCUGCCAACUAUAAAUCUGAAUCAAUUCAACUACAAUAUAUCAAUAGCAUAGUAAGUCAGUGGGCCAGGGGUAAUUGCAGUGAUUAUGUGUCUUUGGGGAUGUAAGAAAAGGUCCAUGCACAAGUAAACAUCCAAUGCCAGCCAUCCAUCCAUCUGUCAAUAUGGAUUCUGCUAAUGUUGCCAACAACACAUUAUUGGUAAGUACUGUAUCAGGUGAGAAGAGUAAAAUAUAAUAACUGUCUUGGCAGGCCAAGCACCAUGAAUAAGUUCACAGUGGCAUUCCCAGAGGUGAGAACAUUU